ACUUUCGUACAUCGGUUUCAGCAGACGUGAAUUGACCGGUCAUCACCCACAACGUACAGAGCAGCAGCGCUUCACGUAUAGAUAUUCGAAGAGCAGCAUCUCCCGUGCCAGCAUGCUGUGUCUCCGCGCCUUCGCCCGCUCGGCGCCGCGAGCAACCUCUCGUAUCGCCUCCUACAGCGCCAGAAGCGCACUCCGGCCAGCGACACGUCAAACAGCCUUGCGAUCAUCACGGACUUGUUCACUACCCCGAUACUUCAGCAUAUCUCUUCCCCGCUUCGACGAUGCAUCGCAAGAACUCGCGGCGAAGCUGAACCAGGAGAUCCAGCUCGAAAGCGAGGAGUCUUCCACCCCGGCCGAGUCCGACAGCAACAUUUCCAACUUCCUCGGCCAAAACCCGCACUGGACCGUGCAUGACGUGCAGGGGGAGCAGGAGGUUAUGCUCACGCGCAAGUACGAGGAUGAGGACAUCACAGUGGCUUUCAACAUCAUGGACUUCAACACGCCGAUGAUGGAGGGUGCUCAGCAGGACGACGAGAUGGACGAUGCACUGAUGGAUGAGGAGGACGAAUCAGUGGAGUCGGCGCAAAGCGGCGGUGCGAAUACGAAGGGCAGUGUUAACCAGGGACGGACAAGUGGUGGCAACGUCAAAGUAGCACCGGAGGAUCGCAUUGCACCUGCUGAUAGGGAUGAGUUGAGGAACUCGGAAGACGACCAGGCGGGAGACGAAGGCUCGGCAGCGUUUGCGGCCAAUGUCAACGUCCUGAUUCAGAGGCAGAACAAGGGCGCACUUCGCAUUAACCUUGUAGCCGACAACGGCGUCUUCAGCAUCACUGGCGUCACUCACAUCCCUGACAACAAGGUCAACAACAACAAGUCCGCAUCGGAGAUCCUUCGCGAGCAGCCCGAAGCGUUGUACACUGGCCCACCGUUCGCCCAGCUUGAUGAGGAAGUGCAGAGCCUGUUCGAGAGCUACCUUGACGUGCGAGGCAUAAACACUGCGCUCGCGCUGUUUGUGCCAGAGUACAUUGAUACCAAGGAGCAAAAGGAGUACCUCGGCUGGCUAGGCCGGGUGAAAGAGUUUGUGGAGUAGGCCAAGGGAGGAUGGCAUUUGGACGGUAGCGCAAUUAGGACGGGAAACGGCUGAUGUUGUUGGUUGCAUUGUCCGAGUAAAUACGGCGUUUCGGCCAAGGCUGACUUUCCGGUGUGU